AUGGGCGAGCACCCCAGCCCCGGCCCCGCGGUGGCCGCCGGCGCCGAGGCGGAGCGCAUCGAGGAGCUGGGACCCGAGGCCGACGCGCGGCCGCCGGCGGCGCCCGAGGACCACUGGAAAGUCCUGUUUGAUCAGUGUGACCCCGGGAACACCGGCUACAUCAGCUCCGGCAAGUUCCGCAGCCUCCUGGAGAGCCACAGCGCCCAGCUGGACCCGCACAAACGGGAGGUGCUCCUGGCCCUGGCCGACAGCCACGCCGAUGGGCAGAUCUGCUACCAGGACUUUGCCAACCUGAUGAGCAACAAGCGGUCCAACAGCUUCCGCCAGGCCAUCCUGCAGGGGAACCGCCGGCUCUGCAGCAAGGCCCUGCUGGAGGAGAAAGGGCUGAACCUCUCCCAGCGCCUCAUCCGCCACGUGGCCUACGAGACCCUGCCCCGGGAGAUCGACCGGAAGUGGUACUACGACAGCUACACCUGCUGCCCGCCGCCCUGGUUCAUGAUCACCAUCACCCUGCUGGAGGUGGCCUUUUUCCUUUACAAUGGAGUGUCGCUGGAUCAGUUUGUGCUGCAGGUGACCCACCCACGGUACCUGCAGAACGCACUGGUGUACCACCCACAGCUCCGAGCCCAGGCGUGGCGCUACCUGACGUACAUCUUCAUGCACGCGGGAAUAGAACACCUGGGCCUCAAUGUGGUGCUGCAGCUCCUGGUGGGGGUGCCCUUGGAGAUGGUGCAUGGAGCAACCCGCAUCGGGCUAGUCUACGUGGCUGGUGUAGUGGCAGGAUCCUUGGCGGUGUCUGUGGCUGACAUGACCGCGCCCGUCGUGGGCUCCUCUGGAGGGGUGUACGCGCUUGUCUCUGCCCAUCUGGCCAACAUCGUGAUGAACUGGUCAGGCAUGAAGUGCCAAUUCAAGCUGCUGCGGAUGGGUGUGGCCUUGAUCUGUAUGAGCAUGGAAUUCGGGCGGGCCGUGUGGCUCCGGUUCCACCCAUCGGCCUAUCCCCCGUGCCCGCACCCGAGCUUCGUGGCACACUUGGGUGGCGUGGCCGUGGGCAUCACCCUGGGCGUGGUGGUCCUGAGGAACUACGAGCAGAGGCUGCAGGACCAGUCGCUGUGGUGGAUUUUUGUGGCCAUGUACACCAUCUUCGUGCUGUUCGCUGUCUUCUGGAAUAUCUUUGCCUACACCCUGCUGGACCUGAAGCUGCCCCCGCCCCCCUAA